CUCUCCGGCUUUGUACCAAGAGCUGAAUCCACGCCGCGGCUAGCUUCUCCAAGAUACCGGGGCUGUUAAACAUUGGAAAAUGGCUCUUCAUGUCCCCAAAGCUCCGGGCUUUGCCCAAAUGCUGAAAGAUGGUGCCAAGCACUAUUCAGGCCUUGAAGAGGCUGUCUUCCGUAACAUCAGAGCAUGCAAGGAGCUCUCUCAGACCACUCGCACUGCCUAUGGGCCAAACGGUAUGAACAAAAUGGUCAUCAACCACUUGGAGAAGCUGUUUGUCACCAACGAUGCUGCAACUAUCCUCAGAGAACUUGAGGUGCAGCACCCAGCAGCCAAAAUGGUCGUAAUGGCAUCACACAUGCAAGAGCAGGAGGUUGGAGAUGGUACAAACUUUGUCCUGGUGUUUGCUGGAGCUCUGCUGGAGCUGGCUGAGGAGCUACUAAGGAUGGGCCUGUCAGUGUCAGAGGUGAUUGAAGGCUAUGAGAAGGCGUGUCAAAAGACUCUGGAGAUCCUGCCAGACUGUGUAUGUUCCUCAGCUAAGGACCUCCACGAUAUCAAAGAGGCAACGUCUCUCAUCCGUACAGCAGUCAUGAGCAAACAGUACGGAAAUGAAGACUUCCUUGCAAAACUCAUAGCAGAGGCCUGUGUGUCCAUCUUCCCAGAGUCCGGCAAUUUCAAUGUUGACAGCGUCCGAGUGUGCAAGAUUCUCGGUUGUGGGGUGACAGCGUCCUCCAUGCUUCACGGCAUGGUGUUUAAAAAGGAAGCAGAGGGAGACAUCACAUCAGUGAAAGAUGCCAAGAUUGCCAUCUAUUCCUGCCCCUUUGACUGCAUGGUGACAGAAACCAAGGGCACAGUGCUGAUAAACAAUGCACAGGAGCUCAUGAACUUCAGUAAGGGAGAGGAGGACAUGAUGGAGAAUCAGGUCAAGGCUAUCAAGGAGGCUGGUGCCAACGUGGUGGUCACUGGGGGGAAAGUUGCUGACAUGGCGCUGCACUAUGCCAACAAGUACCAGCUCAUGGUGGUCAGACUCAACUCAAAGUGGGACCUCAGGAGGUUAUGCAAGACCGUGGGAGCCAUUGCCCUGCCCAGGAUGACGGCUCCAACACCAGAGGAGAUGGGUCACUGUGACAACGUGUACCUGACAGAGGUCGGGGACACUCAGGUGGUCGUCUUCAAACACGAGAAAGAAGAUGGUGCCAUCUCAACAGUGGUGAUCAGAGGCUCCACAGACAACCUGAUGGACGACAUUGAGAGGGCUGUGGAUGAUGGAGUCAACACCUUCAAGGUUCUGGUCAGGGACAAGCGCCUGGUACCUGGAGCAGGAGCCACUGAGAUCGAGCUGGCCAAGCAGAUCACCUCAUAUGGAGAGUCCUGCCCUGGUCUGGAGCAGUACGCCAUCAAGAAGUUUGCAGAAGCGUUCGAGGCUAUUCCACGUGCGCUGGCUGAGAACUCUGGAGUGAAGGGGAGCGAGCUCAUCUCUAAAAUGUACUCCGCCCAUCAUGAGGGAAACAAAAACAUGGGCUUCGACAUCGAGUCUGACGGCCCCACGGUGAAGGACAUGCUUGAAGUUGGGAUUGUGGAGCCUUACCUGGUCAAACACUGGGGCAUCAAACUGGCCACAAACGCUGCCAUCACAGUGCUGAGGGUGGACCAGAUCAUCAUGGCCAAGGCCGCAGGGGGACCCAGGGCUCCCAAGCAGAGAGGCCACUGGGACAAGGACGAUUGGGAGGAAGAGCCUGAUAAAUUUGAUACUCAUCACUAGAGGGCGCUCACACACUCCCUCCGUCAGUAGAUCAUCAUGGCAAAACCAGCAGGGGGACCCAAACCUCCCCAGGGCAGGAAGGACUUUGACGAGGAUGACUGAACCUGAUGCAGUCCAGCUGAUGCCCCUGUUAACCCUGACCGCUCCCUCCUGGAUUCACCAAACCCUUUUCUACUUGUUUAUUUAAAGCUCAACAGUUUGGUUUAUUUUGUAGAAAUGACUGAACAUCGGUCAACCGAAUGUUAUGUGAAAGUAAAAAAAAAUGUAAGGAUGGCACUGUUUGCUUUUUAUGUUCUUAGUCCCAAAUAAAAGGCCCCUGUGCUGCUAUGUCA